UAAGAUCAGUAAGGUAAUAACAGAGGAUUGGAUGUCAGCAGGCAGUCUGUCUCCCUCUCCAAACAACCCCUUAAGCAAAGCCUUUAGUCAUCCUGUUUCUCCUGUUUAAACAAACAAAAUCAUAUAAAUAUAUAAUAUAUAUUUUUCAAAUAUGCGAAGAGGAGUUUGAAUUUUUGAGAGAUCGAAUUGCUGUUCAACUAUGGAAGUACCUAGCUCAUGGGACGCGUUACGCAAACAGGUGGCAAGCUUAAUUCUUUUUGAGGCAUCAGCCCAACGUGAAGAAUCAAAAUGAUGUUAAGCAAGAAAACUGGAAGCGCAAUUGGAUGAGCAGAUGAAUUCUUACCGAAAGUUUGUUUCCACUAAGGUUUCUACUAAAGUAGACUCAGCUGGAAAUGAUCUUGAAUCUGGGAUAGAUAGACUACUAAAACAACUACAACAAGUCAAUAUUCAAAUGCAAGAUUGGGUUUCAUCUGGAGGAUCUGAAAUGGUUUCUUACACCUUGACUCGUCAUCAAGAAAUUCUCCAAGACAUGAUUGAAGUGCAGGAAUUUUAUCGUCUUCGCUCCAGCCUUAAAGCUAAGCAAGAACAUGCAUCACUCCUUGAGGAUUUUAGGGAGUUUGAUCGGAGUAGAUUAGAUUUGGAAGAAGGUGUUGGUUCUAUGGAACAAGCUCUCCUUAAAGAGCAUAGAUCCAUUAGCCGAAGUGCAGGGCAGAUGGAUUCUGUAAUUUCUCAAGCUCAAACAACUCUUGGUGCCCUGGUCCUUCAACGUUCAACUUUUGGGGGCAUCAACUCAAAGCUCAGCAAUGUUAGAAGCCACCUUCCCUCGGUAAAUAACAUUCUGUCAGCAAUAAAGAGAAAAAAGUCAAUGGAUACCAUCAUUCUUUCCCUUGUUGCAUCGAUCCAUGUUUCUGGGGAAAUAAGUUGCAAGGAUGAGCAAAUCUAUGUAAAAGAUGCAAAGAGAUUGGAAGGAUUAAAAAGGUGGGGGUCUUUUUCAACUCAUGCCGAGUGAGAACAAUUCCAAGUAAUGUCUAAUGGUAAAGUUUUGUUUAUCUUGAAUGAUUUUGUAAUGUUGGAAAAAAGCGAGUCAUCAGAGCAAUGAUCAAAAUUAUUUUGUUUCUUCUUC